GAAGACCGCGAUGAGGCGCGCCGGGAAGAACAGUAGCCGAUGUGUCUGAAAUAGUAUAUCUCCGCGCGCGCGAAAAAGUUCUCCGGUGAUAUUACACUCGCAAAGCCGCGGGCGAUAUCGCAUUAUACCUAUAUACUCGCAUCAGGUGUAUCAUCGAGGCAUCGACGUAGGCUCGGGUUUAUUCGUUGUGCAGGUUAUGAGCUGAGCAUCGGUCUGGAGCUUAGCGCUAUAGCGCGUAGUGUGGCAAUUUCGCGAACGAAUGGCCGCCAGCAGCAGCUCAGCAGCAGCUCCGAGCGGCAGCAGCAAGUCUUGACCCUAUAGCGCGCCCGAGUGUAUAUAGGCUUCGAAGAGUGUGUGCCGUGUGGCUAGCUAAGCUCGCGCGACCGUCUUCUUUUUCCACGAGAGAGAGAUAGAGAGAGAGAGAGAGAGAGCCUACUAGGUACUAAGUAAACUACACGCAGGGAUCGUUCAUUGGUGCUGCUGCUCGCCCGACUGCCGGCUCUCCUCUCUCUGUCGUUCUCCUAGCAGGGGACUCCCAUUCAUCGUCAGAGGCCACACCGCCGCCACGGGUCCAUCAUCGUCUGCAUCGUCCCUGUACUGCGCCUAGCCUCGUAGACAUCGUACACGCGCCGCACACCUCUCGCUCAUGUGAACACUGGCUUCAUUUACAUAACCUCACAACAGAUUGUAAUUUGAAACUGCGAGUGCUGCCACGCUGCUCACCAAUUCUGUAAAAUGGAACAAGCCGCCGAUGGUUCAUACCACUAUCCGGAGCGGAACAAUGGUGCUGAUGACGCUGUCAUGAGUAUGGUUGGAGCUGAUGAGAGGGUUGCAAUCCUGGAUGCCGGUGCUCAAUAUGGAAAAGUCAUUGACCGCAAAGUGCGAGAACUCAAUGUUCACAGUGAAAUCCUACCGCUUGACACACCAGCUUUCACCCUCAAGGAAAAAGGCUACAAAGCCAUAAUCAUUUCUGGUGGACCAAGCUCUGUGUAUGCAGUAGAUGCCCCAAGGUAUGAUGCAAAAAUCUUUCAAAUUGGAAUCCCUGUGCUGGGAAUCUGCUAUGGUAUGCAAAUGAUGAACAAGGAAUAUGGUGGAACAGUUAUUAGGAAGGAAGGGCGAGAAGACGGUCAAUUCAAUAUUGAAGUGGAUCCCAAGUGCCUCUUAUACAAGGACUUGGAGAAAGAUCAAAUGGUGCUGUUGACGCACGGUGACAGCAUAGAUAAAGUUGCAGACUGUUUUAGAGUUACAGCAAGAUCAUCAAAUUUUGUUGCUGCAAUCGCCAAUGAAAAAUUAAACUUGUACGGUGUACAGUUUCAUCCUGAAGUAGAUCUGACGCUCAAUGGCAAAAAAAUGCUGCACAAUUUUCUAUUUGUUGUAGCUGGUCUUACUGGUAAUUACACCAUGAAAGACAGAGAAGUCCAGUGCAUUCAAGAAAUUAGAGAAACUGUUGGCAAUAGCAAAGUUUUGUUACUGGUUAGUGGUGGUGUAGAUUCAACAGUUUGUGCAGCAUUACUCCAUAAAGCCUUGAACAAAGAUCAAGUUAUAGCUGUGCACAUCAAUAAUGGAUUUAUGCGAAAAGGUGAAACUCCAUUGGUUGAGCAAAGUCUUGCGCAAAUUGGAAUUAAGUUACAGGUGAUUAAUGCUACUCAUACUUUCUUGAAUGGAACAACAACCAUACCAGCAAGUGCCAGUAGUGCUACUGAAAAUCCUCCUCCGCAAGGCCAUCCCGAAAAUUUACCAGACCCCGGUACAACUUAUUGUGUAGUAGUGAACAAGACUAACAGGGAAGUCAACAUUUUCCCUAAACCGAAACUCACCAAGAUGCUGUGCACCACCACGAAUCCGGAAGAGAAACGUAAAAUUAUCGGCGACGUUUUCGUUCAAGUAGCUAAUGAGACUAUUGCCGAAUUGGGUCUUAAACCCGAAGAAGUUUUCCUUGGUCAAGGAACUUUGAGGCCUGACCUUAUUGAAAGUGCCAGUUCUUUGGCUAGUGGUAAGGCUGACGCGAUCAAAACCCAUCAUAACGACAGUGAGUUGGUGCGAGAGCUGCGUGCUAAAGGCAGAGUUAUCGAACCUCUCAAAGAUUUCCACAAGGACGAAGUCAGACAAUUGGGUUGCGAUCUUGGUCUCCCGGCACCUCUUGUACAGAGACAUCCGUUCCCAGGACCAGGUCUGGCUAUCAGAAUUAUUUGUGCGGAAGAGCCUUUUAUGGACAGAGACUUUUCGGAAACACGGGUUCUUGUUAAAAUAAUAGCGGAAUACGAACAAAUGCUGCAGAAGAAGCACGCCCUUUUGAAUCGUGUAGAAAAUGCUACGAGUGAGGCAGAUCGUCAGCAAUUACGAAGAAUAUCAAGCCAACGUUACCUCACGGCCACUCUUUUACCUAUUCGUAGUGUCGGUGUUCAGGGUGAUCAACGCAGUUACAGUUACGUAGUCGGCCUUUCAAGCGAUACUAGUUUUUCAGAACCAGCCGAGUGGCAAGAUUUACUGUUUCUUUCUAGGCUUAUUCCUCGCAUUUGUCACAACGUCAAUAGAGUUUGCUACAUUUUUGGAAACAAAGUUCAGCAUCCAGUUAUGGAUAUUACACCGACGCAUCUGACGUCAAAUGUUAUAUCAACACUUAGACAAGCAGAUCAUUUGGCAAAUCAGGUAUUGUCGGCUAACAACAGCAUGGGGUCUAUCAGUCAGAUGCCAGUAGUCCUCAUUCCUAUCCAUUUCGAUCGAGAUUACGCAUCUCGCGCACCACCCUGCCAACGAUCUAUAGUCCUAAGGCCAUUCGUCUCAAGAGAUUUUAUGACUGGCACACCGGCGAUUCCCGGAAAUGAAUUGCCGAUGCAUGUGAUCAAGAAAAUGGUUAGUGAGAUUUCGUCGGUUCCAGGAAUUUCGCGUGUUUUAUACGACCUUACGUCCAAACCGCCAGGAACGACCGAGUGGGAGUAGUGGAUAUGCGUUCAGCGCUACUAACUAUUGAUUAUUUUUUCGUUUUCCUUUUUUAAACUACAUGCGCGUGCGUGUGAGAUGCAGAAAUGGGCAAAUUUGUAAUAAAAUAUCGUCAAAUGAAAAAUAAUGCAAUUGGUUGUGCGAGUAAGUAACCAUGCUCGUUUGUUAUAUUGUAAUAGACGAAUAACGAAUGCGAGAUUUUUUAAUGAAUAUUAAGAUGUUUAUGUUCAUAUAUUAUAUAUCUAUGUAUUUGUGACUCAGUGUAAAGACGAUGUCACAUAUGCGCGAUAUGUAUAUAUAAAGAAUAUAUGCACGUUUGCAUCGAUGACAAAAAUUUAAUGAAGAUCGAUAAUUUAUACUUAAAAUGACCUACCUGCAUACGAGUAUGGUGAAAGCUAGCUUCACGGUUUGGUUGUACCAGAGCAAACAAAUUUACUCUCUUUACAUUGCGAUUAUGCGUGAAUAGAUGAAUGAAUGACAAGUAGUACUGCCGAGUGUCAAUGAAUUAAAAGAGUGAGCGUGCAUGAAAGAAAGUGAAAGAUAGUUGAAACAAAAAAUUAAAAGUGUGUUUGUAUUAGAGCGAGACAGAGAGAAAGACAGUCAAACAUGUCAACAUUGCUUAUUGUAAAUAUGUUAUACAUUCACUUUUGUCAUCUUUUAUUUAAGCGAAUUGUAAAAAAUUUAUUUAUCAAAUAAUAUAAUGUAUAGAAAAUGAAAAACGGUACUUGGUCGCCACACCUGUUACAUAAUUGCUUUAUCAAUGAUGAUACCAUCUAGAUCAAGUGUAUACAGCAGACUUGAAUGUGCCGUAGUGUCUUUCUGUGCAAGUCUUAUGUUGGACGCAACUUGUAUAUUUGACAACGCACCUGCGCCAAACGGCGGGAAAUUGUUCGGUUCACUUUGUAUAAUAAAAAACGUAAUUGAAGAAAAUCUAA